UGCGCAUGCGUCGCCAUUUAGCGCAGCCAUUUUAAGCAAGGCGUAACGACAAAACUUGACAGGAAGACUGCUCAGCCGCCGAGUUUGUGUCGUACUCUGUACAAACUUUGGUCGUAGCAGACAUAAGUUUUUAUUCGUUCCCGGAGAAACUCGUCGGAGUGUGACGCUCAAGCUAGCUUAGCGUGCUAGCUUAGCGUGCUAGCUGCCAGCAAAGACGCGCGGAUGUGAUCAGAGCGUCCAUUGCUCUGCAGAGAUCAAGUGCUGAGAUUAGCGUGUGAAAUGUGUAAGGUACGAAUGCUGAGGGCGUUGGUGAACGACCGACUAAGUGCUGCUGUCGAAGAAAUAUUCGGAGCGUUUGAAAGAACCUUAGCGGAGUACGAGGAGGAACUUUGUCGGACGAAAGAGGAAAACGAGCGACAACGUCAACUACUGGACGCUGUUUUCAAGUCUCAAGAUGACCCACACAGAGAAGACGUCAGUGAAGAAGAUGUUCGUCCUGAGCAGCAGGAGUGGAGCUCCAGGGUGGAGCAGGAGGAGCCAGAAUCCCCCCACGUUAAAGAGGAAGAGGAGGGAGAGCAACUUAACGGACCAGAGUUGCCAGUGAUUCGUGUCAUUGUGAAGAGGGAAGAUGCUGCAGACAAAAGUCAGAGUGAGCAGAACAUUAGGCCGGCGCCUCCGACCAGCAGCUCACGUCAACACAUGACAACAAAAGGAGUUGAAGACCACCAUGGUGGAUCCCAAGUCGACAGCCUCUUAGCGCCGCUCUCCGAUAGUGACGACACAACGUCACACUCUCAUGACACUGAUGAUGAACACACUAAAGAUGCUACGAAAUGUCUCACAGACAACAAGCACUUAAAAUGCUCUCAGUGUGACAAAACGUUUUACGACAAUAGUAAUCUGAAAAGACACAUGAGAAGUCACACAGGAGAGAAACCGUACGUCUGCUCAGUUUGUGGUAAAACAUUUGCUCACAAGGGAAAUUUGACAACACACACAAGAACACACACUGGAGAGAAACCAUUUUCCUGCUCAGUCUGCAGCACAAAAUUUAGUGAUCAUUCUGUACUGAUUCGACACAUGAGAAGACACACUGGGGAGAAACCUUUUACUUGUUUGCUGUGUGGGAAAGGAUUCCUUGUGAAAGGAUCUUUAAAAGCACACACAAGAACACACACUGGGGAAAAGCCUUUUACAUGCUCAGUUUGUGGUAAAACAUUCUCUCAAAACUCACAUUUGAGAACACACACAAGGACGCACACUGGAGAAAAAUCUUAUUCUUGCUCAGUCUGCAACACAACAUUUGGAGGUCGAGCUGCUUUAUUUUGGCACAUGACAACACACCAUGGACAUUGAUCAUCAAUUUAUUAAAAGAUUAACUUGAAAAAGACAAUAAUUAGUUCUGGUGAAUUGUGCUUUGAACUUCUGCGCUGGUCAUGUAGUGGUACAUGCUGCUGCUUUGCAUUCGGAUAGCACAGGUUAGAUUCCCAGUUAGUGUAGAAAUUCCCAAGCCUGGAUAAAAAUAGGUGGGUUGCAUCAAGAAGGGCCAAACAAGUCAUUCUCUAUGGCAACCCCUGACAUGGAAAAGAUGAAAAUCUCUUUUAGUGUGCUUCCAACUUCUCUUAAAGUGUCUAACAAACACAAGUAUGUGGGUGAGAAGAGCUGCAAAACCUUGAUAAACUGCGAAGACUUGGAGAAACUUUGACUUUCUAACAACAGUACCGCUCUUUGAUUGUUGAGGUAGGAACAUCAUACUGACAUACUUUAAUUUUGAAUUAAUGUUGUCAUCAAAAGGAUACCUUGCGUCUUCGGGACUAUCAAAGUGUACAUUUGAAUUACUAAGGAGAUUUUUUUCUUAAACUAAUUUAGUCUAUUAUAGCCAGAAUGUGAUAUUCUAAAUAUUAUGUAUAAUUAAUUACCGGUAAUGUUAUUAAUUGAUAUACGGUUGGUUUCCCGACUUAAAUAAUAAGGAUCUAGGGGCACAAGGCCUUGACCAAAAGGAAGCGGAAAACAAACUGUGGUUAUUGGGUUCCUCCUUGCAAAAUCAGAAAAUAAGAAACGUCAUCAAGAGACCGAGGCAAAGUUAGAAAGAUUUUUGCAGCUUUUUGAGAAAAUGGUGGACAAAAUGUAACUAUUGUAUAAUAACAUUUUUUAAAUGUUAUUAUGUAUAUUGGAUACAUAUUUGUAUAUUUGUGCUGGUUGUUAUUGUAUGCUACUGAUUGACCUGUGAAAUGUUACAGUUUGACAAAAUGUGUUGCUUCUACAAAGAGGUAUUCCUGAUACAAAUUGGAUACAAAUUAUGUAGAAAUGAAUGCAACUUAUCUUGUGGUAGUAGCCAUUUAGUAUAAACAAUUUCAAAAUACCAGUCAACUUUGUUUUCACACAAAAGGAAGUUUUUCGGACAAUUGACCCAUUUUCUUCAAUUUUGGGAGAAAAAAAAUACACUACACUGUUUGAUCUUAAAAUGUACAAGUCAAUGAAAGCUGGCAGCAAAUAAAAUAUAAACACAUGAGAA